GAAAUAAAUAAGGCAGAGGCGUUUCUUGUGUGACAAACUUACAAAAGCUGUUUCGAUUUUGGUCGAGAGAGAGAAGAAAAAAGAAACAAAGAAAAAAGGAAGCAAAAAUGGCAGUGGAGGGACAAGUGAUUAGUUGCCACACUGCGGAUUCAUGGAACGAACAGCUCCAAAAGAACAAUGUUUCCAAGAAACUGGUGGUUGUUGAUUUCACUGCUUCAUGGUGUGGACCAUGCCGUUUCAUUGCACCAUUCCUGGCAGAGUUAGCUAAGAAGCUACCCACUGUUACCUUCCUUAAGGUGGAUGUGGACGAGCUUGAGUCGGUUGCUAAAGAUUGGGCUGUGGAAGCAAUGCCAACUUUUAUGUUCCUGAAAGAAGGGAAGCUUGUGGACAAGGUUGUGGGAGCGAAGAAAGACGAGCUGCAGCAGACUAUUGCCAAGCACAUGAAUACGGCUUAAAAAUCCUAUUACUAAUAAUUUCUCAUUUUGCCUUUUGAGGAAGCUCUGGACCUAUUAUAUGCUAUUGUUAAUUACGCUUUGUUUUGCAUUUAAAUACAGACUGGUACUGGAUGUUGCAAGUUCUUAUUCUAUAAUAUGAUUAAUAUCGUGUGAUUUUAUUGGUGUUUUA